AUGGACACGGGCAACGACAUGUCCUGGAUGCGCUGCAACACCCAGGAUGGCGGACCGUUCGACCCACGGGCAUCGAGGUCCUACGCGCCCUUCUCCUGCUCCUCCGGCGAGUGCGCGAAGCUUGUCAUCAGCAAAUUCGCGUUCGGUUGCAGCGACACCGACACCUUCGACAGCAGAGUCGACGGCAUCCUCGUGCUCGGCGGCGGCGCCCAAUCGCUCCUGUCGCAGACGGCGACGAUAUACGGGAGGCAGUUCUCGUACUGCCUCCCGCCGACCCUCUUCUCCUUCGGCUUCCUCAGGCUCGGCGCGCCCGGCGACGACUCUAGCUUCACCUUCACGCGGAUGUUUCGACGGAACACGGAUCUGACGUUCUACUACGUGCUCCUCUUGGGCAUCAAGGUCGCCGAGAAGCCCCUCGAUCUCCCUCCUUCCGUCUUCACCGAUGGAUCAGUGCUGGACUCCAGCACGGUGAUCACGCGGCUGCCAACCACGGCGUACACCGCUCUCUCGUCAGCCUUCAAAGAGGAGAUGAAGGCGUACCCGCCAGGGCAGCAGAGCGGACUACUGGACACAUGUUUUGAUUUCGGAGGCAAGGAUAUAGGGCCGGUCCAUAGAUUUCGGAGGCCCUAG